AUGAGGCGGCGGCUGUUUUUGCAGAAUAUCUUGAUGGAAAAGGGGAAGUGGAACUUAGCAAGACUGGUGUGGCACCAGAAAAUAGACCCCAAAGUGAAAAAAGUGACGAGGUUGAUUAGUGUAAGAAAGAAAGUGAUCACUUUUGAUGACCAAAACGCCUGUAGUAAUGUGCGAUCUGUCAGGAAUAGAGCACCUGAUGAAUUUUCAACUUUCAUGGAAAAGCCAGGUGAUUUUCACACGGAGGGCUACUUAGCUCAAUGUUGUGGUAAAAUGCUUGGCCCUGGUGGAUUCUAUUAUGUGAUGAGACAGUUGCUAGGUAGACAUCAGGUAACAUCAAAAAGUUUCCAAAAAAUAAUUAAAGAAGGAAAUUUGGAACGCAACAUUGAUGCAUUGAAAGAUUUUACAUGGGGUAUGGCCAUUGCUGUGGUAAAAGAAUUUGAAACAUCUGUCUAUUUUCCAAGCAAAGAUCGGCUGCACCAUGGUGAGGGUGACACAGAUCUAUUAUGCAGAAGGUUCCAAGGAUGGCGCGACGAGAGCUCCAGCAGGGAUGCAGUUUUUUCAUACCACAAACAAAAUCUAUUAGAUCAUCUAUUCCUUUUAGACUUUUUCCACACUAGUGUUAGGUGUGGUAAUGGAAAAGCCCUGGAAGCUUGUUACUUUCUUUUGGCUCCGAUUUUUUUUUCAAUGAACAAGAAGAACUACAAAGAUGAAGCAUUUGUGCACAUUGUGAACAUUAUGUGUACAUGGCCCCUUGCAUUGAUGGAAACCCUACGGAGAAACAGAACAAUUUCAUUGUCAGGUCGUCCAGGCCAUGAUUUGGCAGAUGACGAAUUCAUAGAGGAGAGACUGGUAAGAAGAACAAAGAUGUAUGCAAAAAAACAAGCAACAGUCCAGGGAUUAGAGAGAAUAAGUCUUAUUCUUGACUUCUGUGCAGAGCUUGAGGCAGCUUUCAAAGCUGCCUAUGAUGUGAGAUCGCCCAAAAAAAACAUGUACCAGAUUCAACAAGUGAGCAUGUUAAAGUUGCCUGGUUUGCUGUACAAGAACAGUGGUUUUGUGAUAAAGGGAGAGUGGAAGUUCCCACCUACCCAAGUAACAAGAAGGAGUUGCCAUCAGUGA